AUGGCUUUCAAUGGAAGGAAAUUCAGAAUUUGGACGGAGCUGAAAGAAGAAACUACAGAGAUGGAGGAGAAGAAGAAAGCUGUUAAAUGCCGGUGGGGGGUUUGCCGGGCUCGUGGCGGCAGAUUGACGGAGACGUUGCGGGCCACGUUUAAUUGUUGGGCUCUUGUGGUUUGGAUCUCGUUGGUUGGGCCAGAGAUGAUGAGGUCUUGCCCGUAUCCCCUUAUUCUUUUUGUCUUGUUUGCAUUUGGUUGCCCUCAGGAUGAGGAGCCGAUUCAGGGCUUGACUUAG